AUGGCAAUAAUUGAUUUGGAAGAUGAUAAAAAAAAUGAAACAAUUCCAUUUAAAAAAAUUUCAAAAAUGUUCAAAAAAAAUAUUAUGAAAUUUAAUGAGAUAAAAUUAAAUGAUGGUGAGAAAAUGUUGGAUGCCAUCAAAGGCAUAGAAAAAAUUGAAGAUGCUAUAGAUUUUGUAACAAACUUCAGCUCAAUGAGUAAUUUAAA